AGAUCAAACGAGGGAGAGAGAGAGAGAGAUAUCUUCGUCUCUAUCAAGCCCCCAGUUUCGACACUCGUUCGAGCGCAGCGACUGCGAGAGAGAGAGAGAGAGGGAGAGAGAGAGGGGAGGGGAGCGAUGGAGCACUCGUUCUCGGGAGGGAGCUGGAGCGUGAUCCCGAGCAUGACGACCCACAGCAACGUCUCCACCCCCUCCAGCCACGACCAUCUGUACCUCCAGCAGCAGCCCCCCGACCUUCUUCCCCAGCAGCAGCAGCAACCCUUCCACCAGUUUCAGCCUCAGCCCCCGCAAUUCCAGCAGCACCCGCAGUUUCCGCAGCAGCAGCAGCAGCAGCGUCUAGUUCAUCAGCAGCAGCAGCAGCAGCAACACCAGUCUCUCGCUUCUCACUUCCACCUCUUGCACUUAGUGGAGAGUUUGGCGGAUGUCGUUGAGAACGGGACUCGCGACCAGCACUCCGAUUCCUUGGUGACUGAGCUGAACAAUCAGUUUGAGAAGUGCCAGCAGCUGUUGAACUCCAUAGCUGGGUCGAUUAGCUCCAAAGCCGUGACAGUAGAGGGGCAGAAGCGUAAGGUGGAGGAAGCUGAGCAAAUGCUAAACCAAAGAAGGGAUCUGAUUUCCAGUUACAGAAAUUCGGUUGAGGAACUGAUAAAGUCUGAGCCAUAGAUGCUCGUCUCCAUGCCUAGAUUCACAAAGAAGAAUGUUAAAGUUUUAGUUAGAAGGGAAAUUUGGAAGUGGUAUAGAAUUUGGGUAUGUUAUGUUGGUCGAAAGCAACAUUGUGCCGCAUGAUCAUAUUUUAGUAGUGUGAGGCAAUCUUCUUGUGAAGAUUUCGAUUGGAAUUUGUUGAUUUAUCAUCGAUUAUGGUGUCAAGAUAAUCUCGCUGCUAGGUUCUACUUACUCAAGACUUUCUUGUUUAUGGCAUGGGGGCUUGUUUCAUAUGAUAUGCAAAGUCCACGUCUUGAUUU